AUGACAACACAUCAAAGCUUGGAACAACUGGCUUCAGGGGCUCUGCCGACCUUGGGUGGCGGCGACUCGAUGCAACCCUCCUGGUCCCGUUCCCUUCACGAACUCGCCGCUGCCAACAAGUCCUUUCUAGGAAACAAUAAUCCUCAACAACUGAACACUUCGGCACAACUAUUAUUGGGCGAUCGCACCGACUUUGGGAGUCUCGUAGCCAGCCUGGAAAGUACAACACCUGCUCCACUGACCCAAGAUGCCUUUCAAAGCUUGGAUGCCAAUCGACGUCAACAACGUGACUCGGCCAUUGAACGCAUCUUGCAACGAGAACGAGAAAACACUAAUCGACAAUUGGAGAAACAGUUGGAACAGCAAUUGGAAGACGACUGGAAACGCGAACGGGAGUGGUGGCUCAAGGAGCUCGUCGGGUCCCGCAAUUUGGUGGAUGCUUCCAGUAGUCUGGGCAUGCGGCAGGCGGACCGCAAAUUGGAAGCGACCUUUCAAUCCGUAUCGGGUCCUUCUCACAAUUUCAUUACCGAAGGCCUCAAACAACCACUCGAUGCAGUGGCCGUCCAAAAGCACCUUCAACUCUUGCGGUCUAUUACCGCCACUACAAACCUGCAAGAUGUCAUUGCAGGAUACCAAAAUAUGACGAGUUCCGAUUCCACUGGAUACGCCAUUGCUUGGCAACUGUUUGGCAACAUGAUCCCCAAUCUUUCCUCCCCCUUUCAUGGGGCUUUGGGGUCGUUACUACAUUUUUGCAAGCAGUACCAAGAUGUCAUUAGAAACAGAGUGGCAUCGGCCAAUUUGGCCGGACAGAAUCCAGUGACGGAUCGCAAUUAUGGUACGGGCAUGGGUGGGACCAUGGCAACCUAUGUCAAACUGGAAUAUGGUGCGGAUGCUUCUACCUGGCACAUUCUCUACUAUUGUUUGCGUUGUGGAGACUUUGGUGCCGCCAAGACUGUUUUAGAUGUUGCCAGAGCCAAUCACGAUCAUUUUCCCGAACAAGAUGUCAUUCAAAAUGUCGUCUACCAAAUUGCUCAACGGCAAGCGCAAGCCACUUGUAUUUGGGAAAUGGGAACUCCCACAGUCUCUCCCAAUGAUCGUGCCUUGAUUGAGGAUUUGCACGACAAGGCGCAAAAUUUGGAGUCCAAAAACAUUUUCAAAAUUGGUGUCCUGGCCUUGCUGUCGGGACAAAAUUUGCCAGAUGGAUCCUACAGUACCAUUGAAGACUACCUAUUUGGUCACUUGUGGUUGGCCCUCCAGCAAGAAGAUCCCACAUCUCAAAUCAAGCUGAUUGGUAAAUCUAUCAAGAAAUAUGGUCCAGAAUACUUUCAAGCAGACAGCAAUGGUGGCUGGGGAUAUGCGCUCCCGUUGCUGGCCUCUCAACAGUUCAAGACUGCCUUGGUCUUUUUGGCCGAGGCAGGUGGUUCAACUGGAUUGUUGCAAGCUACUCAUCUGGGCCUUGUGCUAGCUAGCAAGGGUCUCAGUAUCGCUGAUCUGGGCGAACAAGAGGGAUCUUCACCUAGUUUGUUGACAGCUCUAUUGACCAAGUACGCGUCGCUCUUGGAAGUCGAUUCCAAUUCGGGCCCAGCGGCUUCCUUGGAAUACCUGUUGAAGAUUCCAAAGAAGGAAAAGGGCCGACACGAAAUUGCCUCGUUGAUUGUCCGCCAAACUCACUUGGUGGAUCACUUUGGAGGCAUCUUGACACAAGAAGGUGCUCGAAAGAAUGCUCUGCUCGAUAAGUACAUGAGCCGAGACGAAGCCUCGUUGAUUCUGGCAGAAUCGGCCAACAUGUUCAAGAGACAACAUCACGAUCGAACCAAGGCAGAAUUGGCAGCAAAACUAUUCAUGCUUUCGGGCCGAUAUGGUUCCCUUCUCGUAUUGCUCAAUGAGCUGAUAUCUCCCACCGAAGAUGGCAAUCCGGAAAAAUUGUUUUGGGCGCAACAGUCGCAAAUGUUCCACUCGACCUACCUCACCAGCCGAACUCUGGUGGUGGAAUCUCUGGAACGCGAGGGCAAUUUGGGAUUGAUACAAGUCAAUCAGCAACUCACAGCGAUUCGCAAUUUCUUUGACAACAUUCGCGGUGGAAGAUUUCAAGAAGCCUUUCAGAUUGCCUCUUCCCUCAAUCUAUUGCCUCUCACACAAGAUCAGAUGAAUGAAAAAGAGAGCCGCUACAAGAAUCUUGACCCCAGUCUCAAGGCAGCCAUGCCGCCCUUGAUUUGUGGCACCAUGGAAUGCUUGUUUGGGAUGCAUCGUAAAAUCAAGUCCGAGUCACGAGGAAUCAACGCCACUGUAGAAGAACGCCUCCGAGAGCUUCAAAUGAUGGCGAGAUUCAUUUAUGUCUUUGCCGGUCUGGUGAACAUGCCCUCAUCGACAAAGGACUUUAUUCAGCAAAAGCGCAACCAUAUGCUAUAG